UUUCCGUAUAAAUAUUGACCGACGCCGGUCCAACUGUAUCAUUGCUUCAGUUAACUUUAAUUCGACUAAAUCGGUCCUCCGCAACCAGUUUUCAACAUAAUGGCGUUUAAGAUGGUGGUUCUGUUUGCCGCUCUGGCCACGGCCAGCGCCGGAUACAUCGAAGCCGAUCACCAUCAGCACUACUCGCCGGCUUCGGCCGUGAGCUACAGCUCGAUCACCCGUGAGCAUCACGCCCCGAAGUUGGCAGUGGCCAAGACCCUGUCCUACGCUGAGCCUCAGGUUCACUACGCUGCCCCAGCUAUCCAGUACGCCGCUCCGGUCCACAAGGAAUACGCCGUCCAUGAGCACCAGCCUCUGCUGAAGACCGUUGUGGCCCAGCCAGCUUACACCAAGACCAUCGUCCAGCAGCCAACCUAUGCUAAGACCCUGAUCUCGGAGCCCACUUAUGCUCAUGCCGCCCCUGUGUACGCCCAUGCCGCUCCAGUGUAUGCCCAUUCCGCUCCAGUCUACGCUCAUGCUGCCAAGACCGUUGAGUACUCCAAGACCCUGGCCUACACCGCCCCAGUUGCCAAGACCAUCGUUUCCUCGCACCCGUCCUACACCAAGGCCAUCUACGCCGAACCGACCUACUCCAAGACCAUCGUGGCCGCUGAGCCCACUUACACCAAGACCAUUGUCCAGCAGCCGGCUUACGCCAAGACCUUGAUCUCGGAGCCCACCUACGCCCAUGCUGCUCCAGUGUACGCUCAUGCCGCUUCUCCAGUGUACGCCCAUGCUGCCCCCGUGGUUGCGGCCAAGACCGUGAGCUACUCCCCAGCUGCGGCCGUGUCCCAUGUCAGCUACGACGAUUCCAGCGCGCACUACGGCUGGUAAAUGCAGUGAACCUGUGUGCAAAAAGUGCCAAAACGAAACGGGUAUCGAUGGGAAACCAUCGUCUCUAUUAGGACCAGGACAUCGUGACGCGACGAGUGAUCGACGAGGACGACAACAGCAACCCCAACUAUGCCGAAUAUG